UCCUCCUCAACCUCCAGUCAGGACGAUGAGAAGUCGACUCUGGAGGAGGUGAGUGAGGGCGGUAUCCCCAUCGAUCAGCCUCCGCCGGCGCUCUCCACCCCGGGACAUCAAGAGACUGACGUGUCAUUAUCUCAGGCCACCACCCUGAGCAAAUCGAGCUCGUCCCCGGAGCUGCAGACUCUCCCCGAGGCCUUCACCAAGGCUGCGGCCCAGAGUGCCUCCGGCGGAGACCUGCUGAGCGCCAGGAUCCCGACGGUCCAGGCCAACGAGAGAGAGGCCUCGGGUGAAAGCGCCUGGCCGGGAGAGAGCGUUAUAUCAGUCGGCCCGUCCAGCUCCAGUGCUAGCGUCUCCGUCUCCUCGUCCUCCACCUCCAGGAUGAGGCUGGAGUUUCCCACGGCUCAGCCGGGACCCCUGUCUCCCGCCGGACACAGACCCCGCGGACACACCAUCUCAGUGUCCGCACCCUCGUCCCGCAGGGAAAGGAAGAUGGACCGAGACUCGUACCACAACCGAGGAGGACCAUCCAACAUAGAGAAGAGCUCAGGACUCAGUCCCAGCUUCGUCUUCCUGCAGCUCUAUCACUCUCCGUUCUUUGGCAAUGAAGCCAACAAACCCCUCCUGCUGCCCAAAUCUCAGCUGAUCGAUCGUGCCGUUAAAGUCCUGGAUCAGAUGCCUCCGUACGACACUCAUAAGAUCGGCGUGGUGUUUGUUGGAGCCGGGCAGGCGAAUAACGAGGUGUCGAUCCUGUCCAACGAGUACGGCUCCAACCGCUACGCUCAGUUCCUCACGGGCCUGGGAAAGCUCAUCCACCUGAAGGACUGCGACCCAGACCAGAUCUUCCUGGGUGGACUGGAUCAGUACGGAGACGACGGAGAGUUCACCUACUGCUGGCACGAUGACAUCAUGCAAGGUCAGGGUAGUCGGGAUAAGAAAUAGUAAUAAAGAAUUAUUG